UCAUUAGUUUGAAAUUUGUAUAUAGUUAAAAUGUUCGGAGUUUGGUUAACAGGGAUAUUUUUUGUUACUAUAACAAUCAGUGCUUCGUAUGGCGAUGACGUGAUUGAAAGCCUUCAGUUCGAUGUGGUGUUUUUAAAAACCCAAAUGAAAGAGCUGACGACGAAGUUGGAUAAAUCAAACAUACUCAUAGAUAACUUGACUAAACGACUGGAAGUUUCCGAAAAGAGGAACGAUGACCUUUUAAACAUACAACUUUCUAGUACUGGAAACUGCACGAAUAGGCAAGAUAGGAAAAGAUUGCUGUUAUCAGACAGUACGUCGACAGGAGUUGCAUUUUCUACAAGAUUGACGAAAACAUUGACCGGUCUUGGUGCACACCAGCCAGUGGUUUUUGAUAUGGUUUUGACAGACACUGUACACGCAUACAACAACAAUGAUGGAAUUUUUUCUGCACCUAUUUCUGGUAUGUACGUGUUUUUUUGGACAACCGCAGUAAGACAAUAUGAGAGAACUGGAUUGGUAGUAGACGGUGUAACUUAUGGCUAUGCUUUAGCCGAUGUUGCAAACGAUGGAGAUGCAGAUUAUGGAAGUGCUUCACAGAUUGUUGUUCUUAAGGUUACUAAGAAUCAACAUGUUUGGAUAAGUGCAUUGAGUGGCAGUGGACUUGAUGGUGAUAAUGAUAAUACAUUUUCUGGAUGGCUUCUAUACCCAUUGGAAUAA